CAAGGAUUAUAUGUAUCAUCUAUCAAAGAUAAUAUUUGUAAAGUUGAAGUUUAUCAAGAUUCGCAAUUAAAAAAAGCAGUAGAAGGAACAUCUCUAAAUGAUGUUUGGGAAUAUUUUAGCAUCAAUAAAUAUAACGGUAUUAAACUUUUUGGUCUUAGUUAUAUACAAUUAAUUAAACAGCACCAAAUUCCUACUUGUACACCCAAUCAAUAG